AUGGAAAUCGAUAAUAAAAAGAGAAGAAGCCGUCUUAAUUUUUAUCAAGUCUUAAGCUGGAUUUUAAUAUCACUGAACGUUACAUUUUCAUAUGCCUUGACAAUAAAAUUGCUAGACACAAUAUAUGAUAUUUAUUUUUUAGCUUUAUAUAGCACUACGCUUGGAGUUAUUGUUAUUCUUGCUAUUUAUAUUGGAUAUUCUGACCCCACUUCAGAUUCAGUUAGACUAUCUUGAGAAUAUCGAGAUAAAGGGAUAGAGUUGGACUGUAGUAAAUAUCCAGUCAAAUGCAAUGUAUGUGACGCUUACGUAGAAAAUACAACAAAACACUGCUUCACAUGCAACCUUAACUUAACUUAACAUCUGGUGUUUAAGGUGUCUAGUGCCAUAUCCUAAAUAGGGAUUUAGCUAAACUAGUGACGUCACGGAGCCAUCUUGGAAUCGCGAUGGUAGCUCACCGGCCAAGCUUUCUAUCAACGCUUCGCCUUCAGUCGCCGCACGUCUCACCUUGCGCGUUCGUUGCCUUGACUCAGCUCCUGCGCGUGUUCCACCUAAGAGUCAUCUUCCCGUCGAGAUUUGCUGAGAGGUAAAAACCCUGAUCCUCUUGAAUGCACUGAGGAGCAGUUCCUUUGGCUAUCCCCAAAGUUAAACCGCUAUUGCUGUGCAAAGUUCUCGAGAGAAAACCCAACCCCAUAAAUAAAAUUCCAUGAGGGAGAGAAAAUUAGCAGAGCUAAUUUCUCUCGAACCGAAUGCCAUUUUAUUUAUGCUUCACCUGCAACCAGUGCAUAGAAAAAUUUGACCACCACUGCAAAUGGUUGAAUAACUGUAUUGGAUCAAAAAAUUACAAGUCUUUUAUCAUUUUAAGUUUUUCUUGUGCUGUGCAUUUCACAAUAGAAACAAUUUUUAACUCAUUAUUGAUAAACUACUAUAUCCAAAAUUCUCCAAAAUUUGAAAAUAAAUGCAGCGAUAAUCUUAAUGCGAAUUACAAAAUUAUUUUAGCAUUUGUGAUAAUCUGUGUGCUGCAAAGUUUUUUAGUUGCGCUAUCAUUUUUUUAUCUUAUUGGCUUUCACAUUUAUUUAGCAAGAUUAGGGCUUACAACCUAUGAUUUCAUAAUGAAAAGGCGAGAAAUCGCGAUUCCUGAAGAACAUUUAAAAAUAGAAACCGUCAAAGAUUACUCAAUUUUCGAACAAAAUUCUCCAGUCGACCUUGAAAAAACUCAAGGAAAUAAAACACACCUGCAGAGUGACACUUCGCUGCGAUUGAUAGAAAGAGCUGUAGAUGAAAAUUAA